UUCUCUCUCUCCUCUCUUCUUUCUCUCACUUCCUCCAGGAGAGAGAAAGCUCCUUCCCUAAUCUCUCUUUUUCUCCAUCUAUCCCUAUAGAAAACCCUAUCUUUCGUACAACAUCAAGAUUUGUUUGAAUCUUGAUUCUACUGACUUACCUUUGUUCGUUAAUCGCUGAUUCAACUUUUGUGGUUUUUGUUCGAUUUUAGCAAAAGAGAGAAACAAUCACGGUAUGCAGGCUGAUCAGGCAGUGUUGAGCUUGAGACCUGGUGGUGGAAAUCGAGGAAGAACUUCUGGCCCUCGUUUUGAUUCGUUGGCUUUCGGUUCAUCAGAUCUUCCAGCCCUUCGUCCUCAUGGCGGUGCUGGUGCUUCCUCUCUUGCCGCCUUUAAGAGUAACGAUUCCCGAUUUGAGCUUCAUGAGCGUGUUCGUUACACCCGAGACCAGCUGCUACAACUUAGGCAGGUUGUAGAUAUCCCAGAAGAGAUACUUAAGGUCAAACAAGAAGUGGAAACUGAUUUUUUUGGGGAGGCCCAGAACUGGACCAAAUCUGAAGGAAAUUCGUCAAUUCAGCCCCAGACUCGCUACUCUGAGCCUGAUAACCGGGACUGGCGUGGACGAGCUCCUCCUCCUGUGGAGGAGAGAUCUUGGGAUGCUGGUCGAGAUAACAGGGACUUUGGUCGUUUUGAUAAUAGGCAACCUGAUGGGAAUCAAUAUAAUAGGCAAGAACCGAACUCACAAUUCGGUAGAGCACAGACGGGUGGCCCUGCUCCUGCUCUUGUUAAAGCCGAGGUACCCUGGUCAGUCCGGAGGGGGACUCUUUCUGACAACGAUCGUGUCUUGAAGACAGUAAAAGGUAUCCUGAACAAGUUGACUCCGGAAAAGUUUGAUCUCCUCAAGGGCCAACUUAUUGACUCAGGGAUCACGACAGCUGAUAUUCUAAAGGGGGUUAUCUCGUUGAUUUUUGACAAAGCUGUUCUCGAGCCUACAUUUUGCCCUAUGUAUGCCCAACUCUGUUCCGAUCUCAAUAUGAAGCUCCCACCAUUUCCAUCUGACGAACCUGAUGGCAAGGAGAUCACAUUCAAGAGAGUACUGUUAAAUAAUUGCCAGGAAGCUUUUGAAGGUGCUGACAAGCUGAGGGCAGAAAUAAGGCAGAUGACUGCCCCUGAGCAAGAUGCAGAACGUAGAGAUAAAGAAAGAAUGAUUAAACUUCGUACUCUUGGAAACAUCCGUCUAAUUGGUGAGCUGUUGAAGCAGAAAAUGGUUCCAGAAAAGAUCGUUCAUCACAUUGUUCAGGAGCUUUUAGGACCUGACAAUAAAAGUUGCCCGGAGGAGGAAAAUGUGGAGGCGAUAUGCCAAUUCUUUAACACCAUAGGCAAGCAACUCGAUGAAAGCCCGAAAUCAAGGCGUAUUAAUGAUCUUUACUUCAGCCGACUGAAGGAGCUGGCGACAAAUCAACAGCUAGCUCCACGAAUGAGGUUUAUGGUUCGUGAUGUUAUUGAUCUCAGAUCAAACAACUGGGUUCCAAGGCGGGAAGAGAUGAAAGCCAAGACCAUUACGGAGAUUCAUACUGAAGCAGAGAAGAACAUGCGGCUCCGUCCAGGUUCAACUUCAAGUAUAAGAAACAACCGUGCUUUGGCUGCUGGAGCACAAGGGAGUUUAAGCCCCGGGGGUUUCAAUCGACCUGGUACAGGUGGCAUGAUGCCUGGAAUGCCAGGGGCCCGCAUGAUGCCUGGUGCGCCUGUAAUAGAUAACGAUAAUUGGGAGGUCCCUAGGUCCCGCUCUAUGCCUAGGGGUGAUGGUGCACGUGUUCAGGCACCAUUCCCUGGCAAAUCUCCGUCACCAAGUCAAAAAUUUCUUCCUCAGGGUAGUGGUGGUGUCAUAAGUGGCAAGUCCAGUGCCUUGUUGCAAGGCAGUGGUGGUGCUGCUCCUCUCCCCAUCUCUCAGGCGGCAGCUCCUCCUUCUGCUAGACCUGCUCCAGUGCCAUCUCCUUCUCCUGCUCCUUUGAGGGCAAAGAAUCCCGAUGAACUCAAGAAGAAAACAGUUUCUCUCCUUGAGGAAUAUUUCAGUGUUCGUAUACUAGAUGAAGCAUUACAAUGCGUGGAGGAACUGAAAGCACCAGAAUAUCACCCUGAGUUUGUAAAGGAAGCCAUUUCACUUGGCUUGGAGAAAAGCCCACCAUGUGUUGAACCCCUCGUGAAGCUCCUGGACCACCUUUUCUUGAAGAAGGUUCUGACCCGAGCUGACUUGAUUACUGGAUGCCUUGAGUACGGGUCAUUGUUGGAUGAUAUCGCGAUUGAUUUACCUAAAGCACCAAACAACUUUGGUGAGAUCAUGGGGCACCUUGUGGUGUCUGGUGGGUUAGAUUUCAAGAUUGUGGAGGGUGUUCUAAAGAAGAUGGAGGAUGACUAUUUUCAGAAAGCCGUUUUUACUGGUGUUAAGAGGGUCGUUAGUUCAAGCCCGUCGGGAGAAGUUGUUUUGGAGUCACAAGCGGAGGAUGUUGCUGCGUGUGAAAGCCUAGUCUAAGCUUGGAACGUCUUGAAUACAACAGGUGAGUUUUUCGGUGAACUGUAUAAUCAAUCAAUCUUGUUUUUUGUUGAGGUUACCAUAGAGACAUAGUAAUGUGUUGUUUGAAAACAAAUAGGAGAACUCAUGUUGCCAUGAAUUUUGACAUGUCGAGCGUGUUCUUGAGAGAGAGCCGACCGAUGACUUUCUCAAGACUUUUUGUUUUACAUUUAGUUUUGUGACUUUGGAGUAAAAUUUGAUUAUUGUUGAGACUUGAAAGUUCAUAAAAGCAACUGUUGUAUUUUAUGGAAAUCUUUUUGUUUUUUCUCAA